UGGCAAACCACAACUGAAACAGAGCGAAAAAGAAUAAUCAGACGCUUGCUGCAUCGAUGGCAUCCUGAUAGAAACAGCACUCAAAGAAAUUAUGCAGAACGAGUCUUUAAUUACAUAAAUCAGAUCGUUUUAAAACUAGAGAAAAAUGAGACCAUUGAUGACACUGUAAAUGAUGACACAGGGAGGACAAGACCAGAUAUGUCUGGUUCAUCAUUUGGAGCAGAAAUUUUAUCUGCUUUUUCACGCGGUCAAAUGUAUGCUGCAGCAUUUCGUGAUAAUAUGCAAGAAUACAACAGAUCAACUCGAACCGGUAAUUAUUCUCACUCUCGAGCAGAAAAGGCUAGUGUUCGUCAUAUUGGUGAAGCAAAACGCUGGUAUCGGCAAGCAAUGUUUGAUUUUAUGGCGGCUGAGAAUAAUGUAGUCACAGGGGACAAAGACAAAAGUUUUAAUUGGGUGUGUUAUAAAUGCCACCAGGCUUCUGAAAAGGCACUUAAGGCAGCUUGGUUUGCAAAAAAUGCAAAUAAGGCAAGGCAAAAAGAACAUUCUCUAACAGCUAUUGCUAUCGGACUUGAUGAGGGAUCUUUGUUCGAUGAGGCACAAAAUUUGGAAAGCCUGACAGGAAAUUACUCAUAUUUGCGAUAUCCUGAUGCUGUUGCUGGAUGUACUCGGAUACCUGCAGAAUUAUUUGGAUCUGAUAAGGCCACGAAUGCUAUUGACAUUACAAAGCGCAUACUCGACAUGACAUCAGACAUCAUUCAUUAAUUAUCUUUACCUUAACAUUCUGUUGUGAAAACACAUUUUUUGAUGUUUGUUCUUUUCCUUUCAAUUACGAGCUAUGCAGCUAAUGUGUUUGUACAAGUUAUUUUGUUUUGUUUAAAUGACAUUAUUGUUUUAUCAAACAAAUGUGUAUGUGUUAUCAUAUUAAAAUAACUGUCAUUGACCUAUGAGAGAUGUGCAUGAAUUUAAUGUACGAAAGGAAAUACACAUAUAUAUAUACAUGGUUCCAAAGGCUUUGUAUAGUUAUGAAGUAACAUUUAUGUUUAAUCAUUUUAAAAUUGUCAUGUGACCUUUGCAGGGUUGGUAAAUGAAAAAAAGAAAAAAAAGAAAAAAAAAAAGUUAAUUUUAUGUUGAAAUUUUACUUAUAUAAAUAACAUUUAUAUUUUGUUUUUGCAUCAAAUUUAUUUAUGCAUUUUCUUCGCACAUUGGUGUAUAUACAUACAUGUAUUUUCUUUGUACAAUUAGAAAACAUUUUUCAUUUCAACUGCUAUUUCUAUUAUAUUUAUGUUGUAUUUGUUUUUUUUUAUUUACUUGAAAGCUUUUGUUUUUAUCAUAAGAUAUUUAAGUCAAGCAUGCUUAUUUGUAUGAAGCAUAUAUAUGAUAAAAAGGUCAUGUAAGCAUUUACUAUUGAUAAGAUUCAAACAGUUGAAUUAUUUAUUUAAUAUGUUUUAGUAUUGUGCAAAAGGAAAAUUAUCCUAUAUUUCUUGUAUCUAUAUUUGUUAAUGUUUCACUAUAACUAUACAUGCCUCCAUGACUUGAUAUGAUUUAAAUGUUUCUGAUUUUGAUUAAUUUUAUUUGCUGCUAUUCAACUAUGAGUGCCCCACAGAAAAUGAGAUGCUGCUUUUUUACAUUUUAAGUUGUGUAAAUUAGUUUUUUUUUGUGUGUGUAAAUAUGUCAAGUGGGGAUAAUUUGAUAUAUUUUUGUGAUAUUUUGUUAAGUUCUUUUGUUAUGUUUGAGUGUAAUAAAAGACGGUUAUUACAUUAUGGGUGAGUUUAAUGUUUUAAAGGAGUAAAGAUAAAUGUACAUAAUUGCACUCAAAGUAAUGUAAUUUUUGUUUUGUGAUAUACGGCUGUGUUUUAAAGCAUAAUAUGCCUGUAUGAUUCUAGCCAUGUGACAUAGAGUCUGCAUAGUCAUUUUAAAGUAAUGCACGGAUUUAAAAAAAACCUUCUGCCUUUAUACUAGAUUGAUGGUAAUGAUAAAACCAUUCAAAAUUUGUAUAUGCAUGCAUGAUUUACUUUUUAAGGUUUUUUUGUUUCACGAUGAUUUUAUACAUGUAAUGUAUUAAUCCUUCAUUGUCUUUUCAUUCAAGAACAAAGAAUUUUGUUUUUAGCCACUUUUUGAUAAUGUCUUUUUGAUUACUUUUCAUAAUGUUAAAGUUUUAAACUACCCUUUUGUAAAUAGAUUGUAUUUUGUAUUUUUAGCUUGAAUUUUCAAAAACUAUCGACACCGGACUUUGGUGUUUGCGUCUGCAUCGGCAUUGGUCAGGUUCUUUUGACCACUCCACUUUUCUUGUAGAAUAGGUCAUUGACAAAAUAAACAACAUAGAAUCCUACAAUUCUGAACUUUUUUUCCACUUUUUACGACUUCCUUUUAAAUGAGUUUUUUUUAUGAACUAACUCCCUAUGUAUGACAAUACUGUCGGGUCUUUGCAUAACAUAACUAUUCAAUUUGGUUUUGAAUUUUUUAAAGACCUUCUCUUUUCAUGCUAUCAGACACUGAAAGAAGUCCUGAAGACUGCUCUUGAAAAAAUAUGCCCAAACUUAGUAUACUACAGGAGUGUAGUAUUUUAUCAUCAUUUUAGUAUGUACCAAAUAUUAUGUUUAUUGUUAAAUUUUAAUGCAAAUAUUUAAAACUAAUACAGACUAGGACUUAUAAAAAUAUUAGCUUACAAUGUUUUAACGAAAGACUGAUUUUUUUGUAUAUACAUGUAUAUAUAUCAUCAAGCUUGUCGACAAUCUUUUCUUUAUAGAAGACACUUAAUAGCCUUAAGGCAAUAAGUGAGUAUAGGCUAAGUUACAGUAUUAAUCUUUUGUAUGGCCCUUUAAGAAUAAUUUGCUGAAAUUAUUUUUCAUCAUUAUGAUUAUCAUUCUUUUUCGAGGGAUAUACUUUAUUAUUGAAAAGGCGAGCCCUUUAACGGUUUUCUUGUUUGGUCAUUUUUGGAAGGAACUCUUUCACACUUUAAAUAGUUAUUUUAAUCAUUUUGAUUAUUAUUAUAACAUUUUAAACAAUUUUUUUAUACUUUAUUACUGCAUUUUGUAUUAAGGGUGAACCCUUAAAUUCAUCGAAAUGUAUAUGUUGAUGAAAAAAUAUUUGCAUCUUAUACUUAAUAUUUUUCUAUACAUAUAUAUAUAUUUCAAGGGAUAUACUUUAUUAUUGUAAAGGCGAGCCCUUUAACGGUUUACUAAAUGUCUGGUUAUUUUCAGAUGGAACUCUUUAAAUAGUCCGGUAUUUAAAGCUUUAAAAUUAAGUUCAAGGGAUACACUUUUAUUGUUAAGUUUUAUUAUUAUCAUGACAAGGGAUACACUUUUUUAUAACAUUAUAUAAUAAGGGCGAGCCCUCUAAUUCAUUGAAAUAUAAUCUAAUAAUUUAUAAUUUUCUACACAUAUUUUUCGAGGGAUAUACUUUAUACUUGUAAAGGCGAGCCCUUUAACAAUUUACAUUUUUUGUCAUUUUCAUAAAGAACAUUUUUAAUUUUAACACUUUGAUUUAAAUUUAAUUUCAAGGGAUACACUUUAUUUUCUAAAGGCGAGCCCUUUCCACACUUAAUCAAACUAAUUAUUUGGUCUUUAUAAAUGUUUUGAAAAUUUUGUUGUACAUAAUUUCUACUAAUAAAUUUGGAAUACUGAA